ACCAAGUAUUCUUGUUCUCUACCAAGUCGUCUCUAGACCCCCCUGUCUCCGAAAAUGGAUCCCCCUUUGUUGCCAUCCAAGUUUUGGUCGUUCAUGAUCAUAAGCUUGAUCCUGAUUCUUACCCCACAAUCUGUGUUUGCCGAUGAUGGGAAUAUUUCGAGCUGCAGUGCACGAUUCUCCUGUGGAAACAUUCAGAAGAUCGGUUAUCCUUUCUGGGGAUUGGAUCGGCCAGAAAGUUGUGGCUACCCUGGCUUCAGGCUGAAUUGCAGUCAAAAUAUUUCAAAGAUUACAAUCAAUUCAGCUACUUACAAAGUCCUGAAUAUAUAUAAUUCUACACAAGUCCUUCAAGUAGCUAGAGUUAGUUAUUCUGACAGUAUUUGUCCAACUUAUCUCAUCAACUCCACUUUUACUACCAGUCCCUUUGAAAACAACAGGGAUACUCUAGAAAUAAGGCUGUAUUAUGGUUGUCAGCCCCUUAAAGUUCCACGUCUAGAAAAUCUACCGGGGAUUUCACGUCAAUUUAAAUGCAAAAUAAACACAACAAAUGUCACAGGUUAUUAUGUGACAAGGAAGAUCACAGAAACGUACUUUGGGAGCUUUGCCACUUUAAUAAGCACAUCCUUAGCGUCUUGCAACAACAGUGUCAUUAUUCCAGUCCUGUAUUCAGAAGUUCAGUUGUUGGAGGCAAAUCGAGAUUCAGAUACUCUGCAAGAAGCGCUUAAAGCUGGUUUUGUGCUUCACUGGUCUGCAAACGAUACUUUCUGUAACCCAUGUCUGUACUCUGGUGGGCAGUGUGGGCACAACCUCAACUCCGGUGGAUUUGUAUGUUACUGUUCAGAUGGAUCUCAUCCCGACGUUUGUCCCUCAAGCUCCCCAGAAACAGGUGCCUCCAAUUUGGAGCUUGGACUAAUCAUAGGCUUGACAGGGGCUGCAGCUUCAAUUAUAGGAUUACUCUGCACAAUAUAUUUCAUUACUUAUAGGAACAAGGGAGAAUCAGCAUCAAAUGAAAUUUCAUGGACUGUCUGGCAGAGAAAGGUAAAGGAUAAAGAAAGGAUUGAUGCAUUCAUUAGAAAACAUUGUUCUCUAACUUCACUGCUAUAUUCACAUUCAGACAUCAAGAAAAUUACGGAUAAAUUUGUAGAUAAGUUAGGUCAGGGAGGAUAUGGCAGUGUAUACAAAGGUAAAUUGCCUGAUGGACGACUUGUGGCAGUGAAAGUCCUGAGUGAAUCUAAGGGGAAUGGAGAGGAAUUUAUGAAUGAAGUGGCUAGCAUCAGUAGAACUUCUCAUGUCAAUAUAGUGAGUCUACUAGGGUUUUGUUAUGAAAAAUCAAAAAGAGCUUUGAUUUAUGAAUUUAUGCCCAAUGGAUCAUUGGAUAAGUUCAUAUACUGCCAAGGAUCUGACCAAAGUCGUCGACUAGAAUGGAAAACUUUGUUUGACAUUGCACUUGGAAUUGCUAGAGGGCUAGAAUACUUGCAUCAGGGUUGUAACACGAGGAUCCUGCAUUUCGACAUAAAACCUCACAAUAUCCUUUUAGAUGAGAGCCUUUGUCCCAAGAUCUCUGAUUUUGGUCUGUCUAAAUUAUGUGAAAGAAAGGAGAGUAUGGUUUCCAUGACAGGAGCUAGAGGAACAAUUGGAUAUAUUGCUCCAGAAGUGGUUUCUAGAAACUUUGGAGUAGUUUCUUAUAAAUCUGAUGUCUAUAGCUAUGGAAUGAUGGUCCUUGAAAUGGUUGGAGGAAGAAAAAAUAUCGAUGUUGGAGUGGCUCAAACCAGUGAAGUGUAUUUUCCCUCAUGGAUUUACAAGCAUCUAGAUCAGGCUAUGGACUUGAAUCUUCAUGGAGUGACAGAUGAAGAGGAAGAAGAAAUAACAAGAAAGUUGAUUAUAGUGAGCCUUUGGUGCAUUCAAUCUGAUCCAUCAGAUCGACCAUCAAUGACCAAGGUGUUAGAAAUGUUGCAAGGAAGCCUUCAUUCAUUGGAAAUUCCACCGAGACCUUUUGUAUCAUCUCCUGUAAGAUCCCCUAAAUCUGCUUCCACAACAUGAUCAUUGUAGGCCUAGUCUCAAUUGAAAAUUUUGUAAUUGAUUGCAAAGUUGAAAAUGGCAAUGUAAACUAUGAUUAUGAGUUUACAAUUGCAGUGAAAACUCAUGCACUUAAUUGUGAUUUACAAGCACUGUCCUUUGUGCAUUUUAUGGCUUCACAUAAAAACUACUUUCCCUUUUCCCCUAAUCUAAAACCGAUAGACUUUGGAUUCAUCUGUCGCUUGUUAUCAUUGCAAUGACAAGUUGCUACUGUUUCAUUUGAUCAGUAGACAAAAUACAAGUUCCCCUCUCUCUAUUUUCAUUUUGUUGAUCAUACCAUUGAUUUCCAGGCCAGGAGCAUGACUUAGUGGGAUCACUAAAUUUCAUCUAUAUA